AUGACUUGGAAGGGGAUAGAAGUUCGAGAGAAAAGGAUUGCAGCACGUGUGACAGGCGUCUGCUUUUGGACGAAUUGGUGGUUCAUUUUCCCUUUAACCUGGUGGCCUAUUUCCGGCUCCCUUUUGUCCUUCACCCCCCUUCAUCACGCUGGACACGCCUCGCUUGCGUCCCCGACCAGCCCCGACGACAUCUACCGACCGGCGAGCUCGAUGCACUCGACGGACUACACGACAUUUGGCGGGAAGUACCGCCUUGAAGAGGAGAUUGCCAAUGGGGGUUGUGGCUCUGUAUUCCUUGGGGUGCACACGGUGGCUGGCAAAGAGGUCGCCAUCAAGCUAGAGCCGGCCGUGGCGAAGCACUCUCCCCUCAAGCAGGAGUCGAAGAUCUACAAGACCCUUAUGGGCGGCACUGGUGUGCCUUGGAUUAUGUGGUCAGGGAGGAAGGGAGACUAUAAUGUCAUGAUAAUCGACCUCCUGGGCCCAUCCCUUGAGGAUCUCUUCAAAAGAUGCAAUCGCCACUUUUCCCUGAAGACGGUAUUGCUGUUAGCUGAUCAACUGAUAUCGCGUAUAGAGUUCAUCCACUCAAAUUCGAUCGUCCACCGCGACAUUAAACCCGCAAACUUCGUCAUGGGCACUGGCAAGGCCGCGCACAUGGUUAAUGUCAUCGACUUCGGGCUCGCGAAGAAAUUUCGCGACUCAAAGACGUCGAUGCACAUCCCGUACAAACAAGAUGACUUUCACGGCGUCGGCACGUCGCUCUUUGCUGCUAUCAACACGCAUUUGGGUGUCGAAUCCUCGCGGCGCGACGACCUCGAGUCGUUAGCCUACAUGCUUAUUUACUUCCUCCGCGGCACGCUACCGUGGCGGAAAAUCCGAGCACCACAAGAACCGCCUUCCCACCCUUCUGUGUCACCCUCCGAACAAGAACACCUCCGGCAGCAUUACAACCCGGUCUCUGCGACUUGGGACCUGAUCCGCGACGCGAAGAUCGCGAACGAAGACCUCCUUACUCUCGGUCUGCCGCCGGAAUUCGACGUCCUCUACCGCUAUGCACGGUCGCUGGAGUUCGACGACCUUCCGGAUUAUGAGGGCUUGCGAAAACUGUUUAGAGGGCUUGCGGAGCGUGUUGGGGUCGAGUAUGAUGGCGACUAUGAUUGGACCGUCGAACAGCCGAAAAAUGCGGGUGGCCAUGCUCAUGGAAGCCGAGGACGGCGGAGCAUCAGUGAGGGCAGCGGCACUGGCGGCAGGAGGUACUGUGAGGCGUGCAACGCGAGGAGGAGGUAA